UCAGAGGAACCAAUGUCAAGGGACUUACUGUUUUGUUUUUUAUUUCACUAGAUUUAUUUCUUUCCUAAAUUAAAAUUAAAGGCAGCAAUGUCUUCAGAAAUAAGCGUUGUUUUAGAUUUUAAUAAGAUUUGCCGGGCCUGUUUAUUGGACACUGGUCCUAUGAAAGAUUUGUUCGCAGUGUGUACACCUGAGAUAUUUAAAUUUUGCACAUCUGUUGAGGUAGAUGACGGAGAUAACUUGCCUAGGCAAAUAUGUCAGGCUUGUUUAGAUUUGCUGAACAAGUCUUACUACUUCAAACAAGCAGCGGUGCGCUCCAAUCUUAUUCUGAAGCAGCAACUAAUAGAUGAGGAACAACCAGUAAAAUUGGAGAGUCUCUCCAAUGAUCAUGAAAUUCUUGAAAUAAAUGUAGCAGAAAUAGCAGAUGAUGUGCUGAGUCAAAAUAUUGUAUCGGACAACGAUUUGAUGCCUGACCGAUCCAUGGAACCUGCAGAAAUUAUUAGGAGAAUAAGGAAGCGGAGAGAAUUAGAGAGACCCCUAAAGAAACGAACUAGAAUGAAAUGUCCUAAAUGUGAGAAAUCAUUUCACAAAUACGAUAACUUUGAAGCACACAUGCGGAGCCACUUUGGUAAAAAGCCUGAUAUAAAAUGUCAACACUGUGACAAAACGUUUCCAACAGUCCGCAAUCUCCACAGUCAUAUACGGACGCACACGGGUGUCCGUAAAUACCAGUGCUUGACUUGUGGGAAGAAUUUCGGCUACUUGAAUGUUCUGAAGAAUCAUGAGAUGAUUCACAAGGGCAUCAAGAAGCAUGUGUGCCAUAUAUGUGAUGCUAGAUUUGUGCAAAGUAAUAAUUUGAAAACUCAUCUAGAAACGCAUAGUAAUCAGAAGAACUACAUUUGUGUGCAAUGUGGCAAAAAGUUUGCUCAGCAAGGCAACCUCAAGACUCAUUUGAUCAGGCACUCAGGAAUUAAGAACAUAGCGUGUCAUUUGUGUGAUAUGAGAUUCUAUAUCAAGGGCGACCUUUUCAAACACAUGAGAUCACAUUCAACUGACAAACCAUUUUCUUGUCCGUACUGUGAUAAAAAGUUCAAAAGUCAGAGUUUUAAAGUAGUGCACAUGAGAACUCAUACAGGUGAACGUCCCUACGCUUGUGACCUAUGCCCCAAACGAUUUAUGGCACGGAAAGACAUGAGGAACCACAGAAUGAUACACACCGGUGAAAAGCCCCACAAAUGUCAACUUUGUGAUCAAGCCUUCAUACAGAAAUCUGCUCUGAACAGACACAUGAAGGGCCAUAUGCAGAAGGAUAAUGAUAAACCUCAGAAUAUUUUAUUAAGGGCAAGGUUGCAAGGAGUGGCCGAGCAUCCGCAGUGGGAUGAUGUCUGACAGUUGUGAGACGGUUAGAAUGUAAUACUACUUGUACCUGAAUAGAAUAUUAACUGUUUUUAUUGGUCUGUUUAGUCUUCUACCAAUU